CAUAACGUAUUGCUAGACAGAUCAGUGUAACAGACCCGUACAGUACGAGGCCGGAUACCGUGAAAUAGCUUGACCUUGACAGAUGGCGCGAAAUGCAAACAAGCACAAGUUGAGGAGUUAAUGCACGACAGCUAUAACAACAUUGAAGUUAAAGAGAUGCCUGUACCUGGAGAAAUAGUGGACUUUGAUACAGAAAUAAGUAAGUUAGAAAGAGAAAUAUCAGAGCUAGAGAGGGCAGUUGAGGAACAAGAAAAACAGAGCAAUCUUCUCAAAGCCUGGCAGCACUAUCAGAACCAACUAAAUGUUGAAGAAGAAGGUGAAGAUAUUCUCAGAGCCAGGGUACAGGGUCUGAAACACCAGAUUGAUACUUUGAAAGAGUUAAAAGGUGUGGCUAUUACUGGGGUAACAACUGAAAUAAUAGGCCAAGACAAAUUAUUUUUGAAGAAGAAAAAGCAAUUGAAUGGGGUAUGUGGACAUGUUGAGUUUCAGCUGAAAAUGCAUAUAGAUGAGUCUAUGGAUAUGAAUACAACAGUCAGUUCAAAGAUAACACACCUGUCAAUUUCUGCCUCGGAGUGUGUAUACAGGGACCUGAAAGAUACUGUGGAACAGUUAGCAGAGGAAGGUAAUGUUCAAGGAUUUCUCACCUUGCUACGUCCUUACAAUACCUGGUACAAGACAAGACAGAAAACCUUUGAGCAUUUUGUGAACACUUACCAAAAAAUAGCAACAAGGCCAAAUUUACAAGUGCUGAAUUUGACACAUCCUGUGAAGAAAUGUUCCUUUGAGAUAGUAUGGAGUUUCAGGGUCACAGAUACAUACAGUGUAUUGCCAGAUAUACAGCUAUUUGUUCAUGUACCUAAGAAGGUUCGAGACCCAAACCGUGAAAUUCUUGAAAGUGCUUCUGACAAAUUUCAACUGAUGCUGAAAGAACUUGGAAUUGAAAAAACUUUAAAUGCUCUCGUAGCCUUACUUGAGAAGUGAAAAAAAAGUUCUGAAUAACAUCGGUAGUGUUACGGCAUGGAAUAUUUUAGAAUUCAAGACAUUUCAUCAUAUAGUGAAUUAAUAUUUUCUAUGCUUUAUAAACAUCAUGUUGUAAUGUGUUUUCAGACUGUAACUGUCUGCAAAGACUUUCUUAAAUUUUUUUGUCAUUAAGGAUACUUGGAAGUUUUGAUUCUUGUUGCUGUUAAGAAUUAGGCUGAAAGCACGCUUUUAAUACGGAUGUUUUGCUAAUAUUCUCUUUCUGCUUACUGGUACUGUCAAUGUUAGAAUAUUGACAGUUGAACCAUCCUCAAUUCUUUUUAGCUCACCUGUCACAUAGUGACAAGGUGAGCUUUUGUGAUCACCCUUCGUCAGUGCGUGCGUGCGUCCGUCAACAAUUUCUUGUCUGCACAAUAGCAGCUUUAUUUAUGAUUUUAUUUUAACCAAACUUGCACACAACUUGUAUCACCAUAAGAUCUCAGUUCCUUUCUUGAACUGGCCAGAUCCCAUUAUGGGUUCCAGAGUUAUGGCCCUUGAAAGGGCCAAAAUUAGCUAUUUUGACCGUGUCUGCACAAUAGCAGCUUUAUUUAUAAUUUGAUUUUUACCAAACUGGCACACAACUUGUAUCACCAUAAGAUCUUGGUUCCUUUCUUGAACUGGCCAGAUUCCAUUAUGGGUUCCAGAGUUAUGGCCCCUGAAAGGGCCAGAAUUAGCUAUUUUGACCUUGUCUGCACAAUAGCAGCUUCAUUUAUGAUUUUAUUUUAACCAAACUUGCACACAACUUGUGUCACGAUAAGAUCUUUGAUCCUUUCUUCAACUGGCGAAAUUCCAUUAUGGGUUCCAGAGUUAUGGCCCCUGAAAGGGCCAGAAUAAGCUAUUUUGACCUUGUCUGCAUAAUAGCAGCUUCAUUUAUGAUUUGAAUUUAAUCAAACUUGCACAAAACUUGUGUCACCAUAAGAUCUCGUUUCCGUUUUUAAACCGGCCAGAUCCCUUAAUGGGUUCCAGAGUUAUGGCCCCUGAAAGGGCCAGAAUUAGCUGUUUUGACCUUGUCUGCACAAUAGCAACUUCAUUUAUGAUUUGUUUUAACCAAACUUGCACACAACUUGUAUUACCACAAGAUCUUGGUUCCUUUCUUGAACUGGCCAGAUUCCAUCAUGGGUUCCAGAGUUAUGGCCCCUUAAAGGUCCAGAAUUGGCUAUUUUGGCUUUUGCAGCCAUAUAGAUACUUCAUUUAUGGUUUUAUUUGAUAGAAACUUCCAAAAUAUCUUCAACAACAAUAAAUCUUGGAUUCCAUGACAAAUCAGAUCCAAUCGUAGGUUCCAGAGUUAUUUUAUAUCUGAUUACCUCCCCUGAUAGUAAUCAAAAUGGAUUUAUAUCAGUAAGUACUUAUAGGACUUAUUUGAAAUUUCAUUAUUGUCAUUAGUUGGACUGAGCCAAUCAGGGUAGAUAACUAUGGACUGAUUUUAUGUCAAAUUACCUCCCUUUAUUUCAAAUUAAAAUGGGUAUAUCUCCGUAACUAAUGAAGAUACUGAUCUGAAAUUUCAUUUAUGUCAACAGAUUUGGCAGAUCCUUCUUUUGUUCACUAACAAUAAUUGUUUUUUUUAAUUACUUCCCUUUUACGUUACUAUAAAUAGCUUAUUUUUAGUAACUUUUUUAUUAUUGGCUGUAGGGAAAAACCGAGACCACUUUUCUGUGGUACAACAUGGAUGGUACCUCCAAUUUUUAGGUGUAUUUUGACAUAUCUGUACCUUGUAAGAAUUUUGUUUUCUUUUUGGUUAAAUUUCUUCCCUUUGUUGUUCCUGUCCUUUGGACUUAGAUAUUUUUUCUGAGGACCUUCUUGUCCUCAAGUGCAAUGAUAACAGGUGAGCGAUAUAGGGCCAUCAUGGCCCUCUUGUUUGUAAUAUUCAGCUUUCAUGUCAUUUUUAUGAGCAGUUAAUUAUGUCUGAUAUAUUCAGUUUGUUAACUGAAAAAAAAAAAAAAAUAAAACAGUAAAUUUGUAA